AUGAAGACGUUCCCUACCUUUGCUUCUUUACUUGCCAUUGGGCUAGCCCCCACCACCCUAGCCCUGCCUCGGCGCUCACAUUUCGAAUCGGACAAGGCCUACCUCACCACCCGUGCUACGACUGGCACAAUCGCGCUAGACUCACACGUCGAGUACUCGUCCUCGAUGGGCGUAAUUGGUUGCCUCAUCAACACCAAUCGCAUCGCCUACUUCCCAACUGUACCCCCGUGCAACAACCCGUGCAUCAAGCUCACCGCACCAAACGGCAACAGUAUCACUGUCCUCCAUAUCGAUCAGUCUGGCGGGUCCUACGAUGUGUCCAUGGACGCGUACAAGACACUCAAGUACGGCGCAGAUUGGAGGACCAUCAACACGCUUCCUGAGGCAAAGUGGGACGGCGUGAAGUACGAACACGUGGCCAUGGAUCAGUGUGUAGGUAUCUUGCCUGACGGAACACUGCCUGUGAUUGCAAAGAGUCCGAAUAAAUACGUCGAGUGUGCUGCUUCGGAGCCGCAGUCUUUCUGGGCGACACACACCCAAUUCUACGACAUCGAUGAUGCGAGAUGUUUGAGGGGUGUGCUGCAGACGUGCAAGAUGGUACCGCCUAACAAUACGCCGACGUGCGCGAAUGGGAAGAUGGCAGGGAUGAGUGGACAGAUGCCUUUGAUUGGGGUAAACACUGUGGUUGAUAUUACGGCGGCAGGGGAGAGUGUGCCUGCCGUACGGCCUGCUGUUUGA